UCGUUGAAGAAUUGCAAAUCUUUUCACUCAUUUAACUUUGGACUUUGAAGAAUCAAGCCACGAACGUUCAGCUCAGGAAGCGAAUCAGACGAAACUUUCGAGAAAAUGCCGGUCAUGGAGAAGCUGAAGAUGUUCGUAGUUCAAGAGCCCGUGGUGGCUGCAUCUUGUUUAAUCGGAGGAAUUGGUCUUUUCUUGCCAGCCUUUGUAAGGCCAAUUCUGGAUUCGUAUGAAGCAUCUAAGCAAGUUCCGCAGCCUGUAUUAAGUGAUGUGGUUGCAAGUAUGACUGGAAAGAAACAAGGAUGAUCCAUAUCAAUGACACAAGAAGAUUGUUCUUAAUGUAUCACUGGUUUAUUUUUUUUCUUAAAUCAAUUUUCAUUUUCUUCUGCCAUGAAAUAAGCAUGUACAAUGUUUUUGGAACUCGAGCUUCUUAGCAGUAAUUAUUAUACAUUGCCUUGUUUUAUGCCUGUGUAUAAGACGAUUUUCAAAGAUAUUUCGUCUUUAAUCAGUCCUUUUGAAGUCUGAGUAAGACUUGUUUCACCGUAAUA